AUGUACGGCAAUGUCCGCGCUCAGCCAAUCCUGGGCGAGGAGGCGGCAGCCAAAGUGGCGCUCAGCCAAUCACAAAGGAGAGCCCGGCAGAGUGAUGCAAUGCCCCCUGUGAUUGACGUUGUUCCCAGUGUUCCCAUCAUUCCCAAUGUUCCCAGUGUUUCCAGUAUUCCCAAUGUUCCCAGUGUUCCCAGUGCUCCCGUUCCCAGUGCUCCCAGUGUUCCCGUUCCCAGUGUUUCCAGUAUUCCCAAUGUUCCCAGUGUUCUCAGUGCUCUCAGUGUUCCCGUUCCCAGUGUUUCCAGUAUUCCCAAUGUUCCCAGUGUUCCCAUCAUUCCCAAUGUUCCCAAUGUUUCCAGCAUUCCCAAUGUUCCCAGUGGUUCCAGUGCUUCCAGUGUUCCCAGUGCUCCAAGUGUUCCCAAUGUUCCCAGUGCUCCCAGUGGUCCCAUCAUUCCCAAUGUUCCCAGGAUUCCCAAUGUUCCCAGUGUUUCCAGUGUUCCCAAUGUUCCCAGUGUUUCCAAUGUCCCCAGUAUCCCCAAUGUUCCCAGUGCUCCCAGUAUUCCCAGUGUUCCCAAUAUUCUCAAUGUUCCCAGUGUUUCCAGUGUCCCCAGUGCUCCCAUCAUUCCCAGUGUUCCCAGUGCUCCCAUCAUUCUCAGUGCUCCCAGUGCUCCCAGAGCUCCCAUCAUUCCCAGUGUCCCCAGUGCUCCCAUCAUUCCCAGUGCUCCCAUCAUUCUCAGUGUUCCCAGAACUCCCAUCAUUCCCAGUGUUCCCAGUGUCCCCAAUGCUCCCAUCAUUCCCAGUGUUCCCAGUGCUCCCAUCAUUCCCAGUGUUCCCAGUGCUCCCAUCAUUCCCAGUGCUCCCAGAGCUCCCAUCAUUCCCAGUGUCCCCAGUGCUCCCAUCAUUCCCAGUGUUCCCAGUGCUCCCAUCAUUCUCAGUGUUCCCAGUGCUCCCAUCAUUCCCAGUGUUCCCAGUGCUCCCAUCAUUGCCAGUAUUCCCAGUGUUCCCAACAGUGUGACUCCUGUUAUUUUACUCCAGUGA